AUGGCCCAGCGGCUGGAUACUUUGAUAUUCAACGGCUAUGCUUGCAUGGCUCCCUUCUGCCAGAAGCUGUUUUGGAAGUGGGACGAGGCAAAGCGUCACAUGCAUCACGAGUGUAGGGCUCUUCCCCGUUCAGCAAAGCGGCCAAAGCAGGUUGAAUCCAUCAGGAAGGCACUGGACAUUGGUCGCAAGCACAGGGAAGACCAUCCCGAGCUCAAGGACGAUGGAUUCAUUUUUCUGAAUGCACAUGACUCAGCGCCGAGGAAGCCACGGGAAGUGGGUCGAAAGCAGAGAGAAGACAACCCCGAGCUGAACAACGAUGGUGAUGCAGACGGCGAUGUACGGCAAGAUGGAAAGUCCCAGGGAGCCCCGACCAUCGAGCCCUUGACUGCUACUGCUCCUCCAGCAGCUCCUCCGACAGGAAAGCCAUCAGAUCAGCUGAACACCUCGAUAUUCAAUGGCUAUGCUUGCCUAGGUUGUGGCUGCCAGGCUAUGUUUUGGAAGUGGGAAGAAGCAAAGCGUCACAUGCUCCAGGCAUGUGCUACUUUUCCCCGUUCAAUCAAGCGGCCCAGGGAGGCUGAAUCCAUGAGGAAGGCACUGGACAUUGCUCAAAAGCAAAGGGAGGAGCAUGCCGAGCUGAACGACGGGGUAAUUUCUGUAAGUUCAGACGACCCGUUACCAGGCGAGGUUGCAAUCCCGGAAGCCCGAGCGGUCGCGCCGUCAACUGCACCGCCCCUUCCGAAGCCAUCAACGGUGGCAGACUUCAGGAAUGCGGCAAGGACUGGAGGCCCAUCGCAGGGAGUCCGUCCACAAAGCAAGAAGCGUCCGCGCUCUUCGAAGAUCCCAGCGGUACCUCCGCUGCCCGACUCGGCAACAGCGGACAUCUCCAGGCUCCAGAUUGUUCUUUGGGAAGAAAGCGCGGCUGGCGCCGUUCCACCGCCCGAGGCCGAGCCCAAGUUGCUCCUCGCCGCCCCGCCGCCUCCUGGCCACCUUGGCGGCCCUGGCUCUUGCGGACCGCAGGGCCUGCUGCAGUCUCCGACCUUAGCCUUCUUCCAUCCCGGUCCCGGUCCGUUGGGUGCCUGCCCUUCCUGGUAG